CGUGAGCGAGAGAGAGAGAGAGAGAGAGAAGAGAGAGACGGGGAGCGAGCGACUCUCCUGUUUUAAGAGAGAGAGAGAGAGAGAGAGAGAGAGAGAGAGAGAUGUCGCUCGUGGAUUACGCCUCUUCGGAAGAAGAAGAAGAAGAAGAAGAAGAAGAAGAAGAAGAGAUCGAAUUGCAGGAAAAAGGAGAAGAAAAGGGGAAGCAACAGAUGGAAUCGGCUGCUCCUUCGCUCUCCCCUCCGUCGACGCGCCCGCUGCCGCCUUUGAUCCCACUCCCCAAUCGCCAGAACCAGCAUGCUAGGUGCUCCUUGGAGAUAGGUGAAUUUCAUGCAACAAGGACCAAAGAGAAUGUACAAAAGAUCCCCAUAGCAGCAAAUCAACCUUCAACUGUAGUCCCCCCCUUGCCGCCACCUUCAUUGGAAGGACUUCUAGAUGUAUCAGUUCUUUUUGCUACUCAAUCCUACCAAUCAAGCCAAAUGGUUGGUACUGAUCACUCCUCUAGAGUUGCUGCUGCACUUGCAGAAACUGCAUCACGAAAGAGAGAAUCAGAUGGUUCCACCUUUCCUCAACCAUCUAGUAAGCAUUCCAGAGGACAAUUACGACGUCUAAGAAAUGUUCCCAACACAAAGGGUGGCUUGUUAGUUCCACCACAGCUCAGUGGGAGAGCACAUCUGGACGUUUAUUUUCCUGAAAGAAGGACAAAAGUAAAAUUCCGUCAGAUAUAGCUCUUGAAGAAUUGGAUCUCAAAAUGCAAGAUGGUCUUUCUGUGAAGUUUCUUUGUCCUGGUGCAAGAAGAUCUAUCGUCAUGUUUGCAAGAGAAUGAUGCAAUAUGACACCAUUUAGCACCCUCAAAUUUAAACCCAAACAAGGAAAAAAAUUGUGGUCAGACUCAGAAAAGUGUCGGUGUGCUCUUCUUCGGUGCUUUAUACUGCUUCUGGACCACUAGGGAGUGCCUCAUAGCCAUUCUGGUGAUGAACUGUGGUGCACUUGUUUGAUUCAACUGGAAUCCACUUCAAGAUAAUUGCAACAAUAAUGCUGAUGGAGCCGAUCAUUACGCUGAUCAACCAUAAUUGCCAACUUAGAGGCUUUGUGCUUGCAAAGGGACCAAGGAGUUCCACUAUGAUCACUUGGAAUAUUAUUGUCGAUGUUAAGAUGGCCACAAAGAUCCAGUUGCUUAAGAUUCCAUGUAGCACAUUGAUCUUCUCCAUCUCACGGCUAUUUAUCUCAUUGAAGACCUGAAGCAGAGGUAUCAAGUUAAAUUCAGAUUGAUACACUAUAAUUGAGUGAUAUGAAGAGGAAAAAUGCUUCAUCCGAUUAA